AUGAUGAAAGGCCAUGCCCUGCACGGUCCCGCAGAAGAGGACGAGGAGGAGUGCUUGUUGCCGAAGAAGCCGGGCGUGAAGAAGCUCGGCGAGGAGAAGAAGGAUCAGAGAAGAGGCCCGCCGCUGCGACGAAGGGCGGCAAUGCCUGCAACCUCCCCUGGUUCGGCUCCUGGAGAGCGCCACGCUGCUGACAUGGGUGCUGAUGGCGAACUCCUUCAUAUGUGGUCUCUGCCGCAGCCCACCCUCCGCGGCAAGCUCGCCACCUUCGGGGAGCUCUGGUACCUGGACCGGCUGCACCAGGAGAAGAGGCAGCUCGAGGCCGCCAGGAGCCAGCUGGACGCGGUCAAGAGCGAGUCGGGGAGGCCGGCCCCCCUUCGGGCCUAG